AUGGUUUCUCAAGGGCAGUCUGCUCAAACUCAAAGUGUCGACUCCGAGACCGAUCUCGAGACCGAGAGCGUGCUUUCAUCACAUUUUGAGUCGGACGCAAGCAGCGCUCCCUCAGUAAACACCGAUCAUGCAGAGUUAUGUGCGAGAGUCGUCUCUCAGGUCGAGGAUGAGGAUAAAGCUUUCGAUUCAGCUGAUGAUAUCUUUGAAACUAAAGAAAUGUUCGCAGCCACAAUGGCUAACUUGAUCCGCCAGAUGAUGUUUGUCUCUGGAGAAACUGCCGAACCUUCAAUUGAGACCACUACUCUUAUCGAAGAUAUUGUGCGACAGCAAGUCGUGGAGCUUCUCGCUCGCAGUACAGCCUUGGCUACUCGCCGUGGAGUUCGGUCUAUCUCUACUGAUGAUUUAAUCUUUCUGAUUCGCCAUGACAAGGCUAAAGUGUCUCGCCUAAAGACUUUCCUAUCAUGGAAGGAUGUCCGCAAGAACGUGAAAGAUUCUGACGACAAGGGUGGUGCUGAUGCCGCUGACUUCGCCGGAGCCGACGAUCAAUUGGCUGGUGGUGUGGUUGCCGGACCCCAGGACGUCGCCUCUAAGCCAAAGAACAAGAAAGCGCGUGUUGGACUCGCGUGGGAUGUCAACAGCUUUUACUCGGUUCAAGUUCCAGAGAGAGAUGACGAGGAAGACGAAGAAGAGGAGGAACAGAACUAUGCGACCCUCCAGCGACUUGCCGCCGCAGAUGAGCGAACAAAACACAUGACUAGGGAGGAAUAUGUUUUCUGGUCUGAAUGUCGCCAGGCAUCGUUCACAUACCGCAAGAGCAAGCGCUUCAGGGAGUGGGCUGGUUUUGGAAUAGUCACCGAGUCGAAGCCCAACGAUGAUAUUGUCGACAUCCUCGGCUUUUUGACUUUUGAAAUUGUGCAGACCCUUACGGAGGAAGCCCUCAAGGUCAAAGAACGCGAAGACCGCGAGAAAAAUCGUCGCGGCGGAGGAGAAAAUGGAGCCGAAGAUACCAAGAAACGCAAGCGCGAGACUGGUCUCUUCGACCCCCCAGAAGAAGGGCGUACGCCGGUGGAGCCAAGACAUAUUCGCGAGGCCUACCGCAAGCUGCAGGCUACUCCGAACAAGAACAUUGCGAUGCUCCUUCACAACGGCCGCCUACCAGCACGAAUGCCUCUCAGACUAAUCUAA